GCCAUUUCCCACCCCCUGCCUCCCCCCGCAGAUAUACAAGGGCGGGCCGCAGUCGCAGCACACCGCCUGUACACCCAUCCUCCUAGUUAACCAUCUGCUCAGUCUCCAGCUCCAGCCCUGCCUCCUCCUCCUCCUCCAGAUGUUUUCCGCCCUCUGAUUGACGCAGCACCAUCUUCCAGACUCCAGCUCGUCCAUCCCCAGUAAACUCGGUCCGAGCAUCACUCGAAUCGCUCGCUACAGGGGCGGAUUCGACACGCAUGGAUGCGCUACGGGAUGCUGUUCGCUGAUGGAACAGAGGGAGAAGAAAAAUAAAUAACAGGAAACAUCGGAUGACGCCCAUAUAUUUUUUGUAACAUUAUAAGCAGCCGCGGUCGUCGAGUCUGGGCGUUUAGGUGCUUGGUGUCGCGUGGUUGAGCCGGCCUCUUACAGAUCGACAGACAGUCUUCUUGCAGUAGCAGCAUCGUCAACCCUUACCCCCCCCCCCCCACCCACUGGCACCAUGGCUACGGCCUCUGUCAAGGUGGCGGUGAGGGUCCGGCCCUUCAACUCCAGAGAAAUGGGGAAGGACAGCAAGUGCAUCAUCCAGAUGUCGGGGAACACCACCACCAUACUGAACCCCAAACAGCCUAAAGAGAACAAAAGCUUCAAUUUUGACCACUCUUACUGGUCACACACCACGCCAGAGGACAGCAACUUUGCGUCCCAGGUUCAGGUGUACAGGGACAUCGGGGAGGAGAUGCUGCUCCACGCCUUCGAAGGCUACAACGUCUGCAUCUUUGCCUACGGACAAACCGGAUCGGGGAAGAGCUACACCAUGAUGGGCCGACAGGAGAAGGACCAGAUUGGAAUCAUUCCUCUGAUGUGUGAGGACCUGUUCACCAAGUUCAGCGACACCAACAAUGACAACAGCAAGUCCUAUUCGGUGGAGGUGAGUUACAUGGAGAUCUACUGCGAGCGCGUUCGCGACCUGCUGAACCCCAAGAACAAGGGGAACCUGCGGGUCCGUGAGCACCCUCUGAUGGGACCCUACGUGGAGGACCUGUCCAAGCUGGCUGUCACCUCCUACAACGACAUCCAGGACCUCAUGGACUCCGGCAACAAGGCCAGGACGGUGGCUGCCACCAACAUGAACGAGACCAGCAGCCGUUCUCACGCUGUCUUCAACAUCAUCUUCACCCAGAAGAAGCACGACAUGGACUCAGAGAACACCUCCGAGAAGGUCAGUAAGAUUAGCCUGGUGGAUCUGGCUGGCAGCGAAAGGGCUGACUCCACGGGGGCCAAGGGCACCAGACUGAAGGAGGGAGCAAAUAUCAACAAAUCUCUGACCACACUGGGGAAAGUCAUCUCCGCUUUAGCCGAAGUGGACUCAGCACCAAACAAGAACAAGAAAAAGAAGAAAGUGGAGAAUCAUAUUCCAUACCGAGACUCGGUUCUUACAUGGCUGCUGAGAGAAAACCUGGGGGGGAACUCCCGUACGGCCAUGGUGGCGGCCCUCAGCCCGGCGGACAUCAACUACGACGAGACCCUUAGCACACUCAGAUACGCCGACCGCGCCAAGCAGAUCCGCUGCAACGCCGUGAUCAACGAGGACCCCAACAACCGACUGGUGCGGGAGCUGAAGGAGGAGGUGUCCCGGCUCAAGGAGCUGCUGUUCUCCCAGGGCCUGGGGGACAUCAUCGAGAACCUGUGCGAUUACAAAAACACAGUGAAUAAUCGCCAGGCUGGCCAUCAAAGGGGUGAUCUCUCCACAGUAACCCACGCCAUGACUGGGAUGAGCCCCUCCCCCUCCCUCUCCGCCCUGUCCAGCCGGGCCGCCUCCAUCAGUAACCUCCACGACCGCAUCUUCAGCCCCGCCAGCGAGGAGGCCAUCGAGAGGCUCAAGGAAACAGAGAAAAUCAUUGCAGAGCUGAACGUGACGUGGGAGGAAAAGCUGCGACGCACUGAGUCCAUCCGCAUGGAGAGAGAGGCCCUGCUUGCUGAGAUGGGCGUGGCCAUGAGGGAAGAUGGGGGCACCGUUGGCGUCUUCUCCCCGAAAAAGACUCCUCAUUUGGUGAACCUCAACGAAGACCCACUGAUGUCUGAGUGUCUCCUGUAUUACAUCAAAGACGGCGUCACCAAGGUUGGCCGGGACGACGCCAAGACCCGUCAAGACAUUGUCCUCAGCGGCCAUUUCAUCCAGGAUGAACACUGCACGUUCAGCAGCAGCACAGGGCCCCAGGGAGAAGGAAAUGUCAUUCUGGACCCGUGUGAAGGCGCAGAGACCUAUGUCAACGGCAAGAGAGUGACCACCCCCAUUGUGUUGAAGUCUGGGAACCGCAUCAUCAUGGGCAAGAGCCACGUGUUCCGCUUCAACGACCCAGAGCAGGCCCGCAUGGAGCGGGAGAGGACCCCGUGCGCGGAGACCCCCGUGGAGCCCGUGGACUGGGCGUUCGCUCAGAGGGAGCUGCUGGACAAACAGGGGAUCGACAUGAAGCAGGAGAUGGAGCAGAGACUGCAGGAGCUUGAGGACCAGUACCGCAAGGAGAGGGAAGAGGCCAGCAAUCUGCUUGAGCAGCAGCGACUGGACUAUGAAAGCAAACUGGAGGCUCUUCAGAAACAAGUUGACUCCCGCUGUCUGGAGUCCCCCGAGGAGGAAGAGGAGCCAGAGGAGGAAGUUAAUUUGAUAAACUUUUCUGGCGCUGUGAACUGUUUUCCCUUUGUAGUGCCGUGGACUCCGCGCGAGACUGAGCUCGCUUUGUGGGCCUUCCGGAAGUGGCGCUUCUACCAGUUCACCUCGCUCCGCGACCUGCUCUGGGGAAACGCCAUCUUCCUCAAGGAGGCCAAUGCAAUCAGCGUGGAGCUCAAGAAGAAGGUCCAGUUCCAGUUUGUGCUGCUGACCGACACCCUGUACUCCCCGCUGCCCCCCGACCUGCUGCCCGCCAGCGCGGCAAAGGAGAGGGAGAGGAGGCCCUUCCCCAAGACCAUCGUCGCAGUCGAGGUCCAAGACCAGAAGAAUGGAGCCACACACUACUGGACUCUGGAGAAACUCAGGCAGAGGCUUGACCUGAUGAGGGAGAUGUAUGACCGUGCUGCGGACGUGCCCAACAGUGGCGUGGAGGAGUGCGACCCCGCCCUGACCGGGGGAGACCCCUUCUACGACCGCUUCCCCUGGUUCCGUCUGGUGGGCAGAGCCUUUGUGUACCUCAGUAACCUGCUGUACCCGGUGCCGCUGGUGCAUCGCGUGGCCAUCGUGAGCGAGAAGGGAGAGGUGAAGGGGUUCCUCAGGGUGGCCGUCCAAGCCAUCUCAGCCGACGAAGAGGCCCCAGACUACGGCUCGGGCGUGAGGCAGUCCGGCACUGCCAAGAUAUCCUUCGAGGACCAGCAGUUUGAGAAGUUCCAGACGGAGACGUGCCCGGGGGGUCUGCCCUACUCCCACAGCUCCCAGGAGGAGCUGCGCAUCGUAGAGGGCCAGGGACAGUCCUCCGAGGUGGGCAUCUCUGCCGACGAGGUCAACAACAACACCUGCUCAGCUACCCCAGAGCCCCCCCUCAGCCCCCUGAAGGGUCUGGGGCUGGGGCUGGGUCCGGGCCUGGACGCCCUGGAGCUGUCCCAGGAGAAGGCCCUGAGCCACCUGAAGGUGGGGAGCACCUUCACCUUCAGGGUGACGGUCCUCCAGGCCUCCAGCAUCUCUGCAGAGUACGCCGACAUCUUCUGCCAGUUCAACUUCAUCCACCGCCAUGACGAGGCGUUCUCCACCGAGCCACUGAAGAACACAGGGAGGGGACCCCCGCUGGGGUUCUACCAUGUUCAGAAUAUCACAGUGGAGGUGACCAAGUGGUUCCUGGAGUACAUCAAGACGCAGCCCAUCGUGUUUGAGGUCUUCGGACACUAUCAGAAACAACCGUUCCCCCCCCUCUGCAAAGACAUGAUCAGUCCCCUGAGACCAUCCAGGAGACAGUUCCCCAGGGUGAUGCCCUUGUCCAAACCAGUGCCGGCCACCAAGCUCAGCACUCUGAAACGUUCCACCGCCGGGCCCUGCCACUCCAAGUACGACCUCAUGGCCUUCUUCGAGAUCUGUGAGCUGGAGGCCAACGGAGACUACAUCCCCUCUGUGGUGGACCACCGAGGUGGCAUGCCCUGCCACGGGACCUUCCUCUUGCACCAGGGAAUUCAAAGGAGGAUUACCGUUACCAUAGCGCACGAAACAGGAAACGAUAUUGAGUGGAAGGAAGUGAAGGAGCUUGUUGUCGGUCGCAUCAGAAACACCCCAGAAGCAGAUGAGACUAUCAUAGACCCCAACAUCCUCUCCCUCAACAUCCUGUCCUGUGGAUACUACUGGCCCAAGCACGACGACAAUGUCUCCUUGGGAGUUGACCAUAGGACCUUCUACCGGUUUGAGGCGGCCUGGGACAGCUCCAUGCACAACUCUCUGCUUCUGAACCGAGUCACCCCAUACGGAGAGAAGAUCUACAUCACACUCUCAGCUUACCUGGAGAUGGAGAACUGCACGCAGCCGACCGUGAUCACCAAGGACUUCUGCAUGGUGUUCUACUCCCGCGACGCCAAGCUGCCCGCCUCGCGCUCCAUCAGGAACCUGUUCAGCACUGGAUGCCUCCGGCCUUCAGAGAGCAACCGGGUCACAGGGGUCUACGAGGUGACCCUCUGCCACGUGGCAGAUAAUGGAAGUCCAGGCAUGCAGCGGCGGCGUCGGCGCGUGCUGGACACGUCGGUGGCGUACGUCCGCGGCGAGGAGAACCUGGCCGGGUGGCGUCCGCGCAGCGACAGCCUCAUCCUGGACCACCAGUGGGAGCUGGAGAAGCUCAGCCUCCUGCAGGAGGUGGAGAAGACCCGGCACUACCUGCUGCUGAGGGAGAAGCUGGAGGCCACGCUGCAGGCGGGCCAAGAGGCGCUCUACAAGACCAGCGACGCCAGCCAGCUCAGCCCCGCCCUGAGCCCCGUGAUGAGCCCCACCGUGGCCGGCCCCCCGGCCCCGCAGAGCCCCGCCCCCUUCAGCCUGGCCCCCCUCAGCCCCGUCCCUCUCAGCCCCAACCAGCGGCAGAGGGAGCUGGCUGCCAAGUGUCUGCGUCUGCUCAUGCACACCUUCAACAGGGAGUACAGCCAGGUGAGCAGCAGUGCCAGUGAGAGCAAGCUGUCUGAGAUGUCGGCGUCUCUCAUGAGUUCCACUUGCUCGGGCCUGAGCACACUCACCCCGUCCUCCACCUGCCCCUCAUUGGUCGAGGGGAACUAUGACAUCAGACAUACUGAGCCCGGUUCAGGGGCCUCUACUCCAGACCUGGACCCCUUCAGCCCGGUGGACAAGAGGAAGGCCCUGCGAGGAUGCACGUUUGUUCCAGACAUCCAAGAGAUCCGCGUCAGCCCCAUCGUGUCCAAGAAGGGCUACCUCCACUUCCUGGAGCCGCACUCCAACGGCUGGGUGAAGCGCUACGUGGUGGUGCGCCGACCCUACGUCUACCUGUACCGCAGCGAGAGGGACAGCGUGGAGCGCGCCGUCAUCAACCUGUCGUCGGCUCAGGUGGAAUACAGCGAGGACAAGCAGACUCUGCUGAGGACCCCCAACACGUUUGCUGUGUGCACGGAGCACCGGGGCAUCCUGCUCCAGGCCAGCAACGACAAGGAGAUGCACGACUGGCUGUAUGCCUUUAACCCUCUGCUGGCUGGUACCAUCAGGUCUAAGCUAUCCAGGAGGAAGUCAGUCCAGUCGGCCAUCUUUUGAGCCGGACGACACUACAACGCAACAACACAACAAAACAAGCUUAAUUUACCUUCUGACCACCGUGUACAUAGAUAUAAACAAACGUAUUCAUAGCCCGUUCAGAUAAUGCUCGGUGUAACCCCCUCCCCCACCCGGUCACAAACAACUCUCCAGCACACACACCUGAAAAAAACGAAUCAUCCCAAAAUGGCCGCCUUUUUUACUCAUGUAUUAAUUUGUAUUUUGUUGCUGCCUUAGCGAGCCCUGCACGGUUUGUUCCCCUGCUGACCUCGCCCUAACCCUGCCCUGUAGAGACCACAGGAUAGACGCCUCGCACUAUUUCCCCGGUCAUGACGUUAUCUUAUACUGGGUACUGAAAAUCGUUGUCAGUAGCUGCCCUCCUAUGUCCACGUCAUGAAGUAGUACAUGUAGUACAUCUGGCAUUAUCUAGUUAUUCCCCUGUAGACUCCCCCUCCCCCAUCCCCAAGACCAAUGCUCCCCUCUAGAUAUUUAUGAUGUGGUUCAUUAAAUACCCCUCCCCAAAUAUUUUAUGUACAUAUAAAUCCAUCCUUAUGGUAAACAAACCCGCUGUUGCUCCAUGGAUAUCGUCAGACGAGGAAAAGAGAAAUACCGUGACCCCCUUCUUGUGCAGUCUUUAUCCCAGAUAGGCCCGUGUCCCUCUCUGUGGGUUUAGGGGAGCGAGGGGACAAUAGCAUUCCCUGCAGUGUCACCCCCCCCCCCCCCCCCCCCCGCUGAAGCAGCGCUAGACGUUACCUCAGUUUGGAACCGACCCCACAGCUCACUGGGAGCUUUGAGUAGCAGGCUACGGUUGGAUAUUACACCAGACGUGCACACACACACGCAGACAGAGACACAGAGAAACACACACAGAGAAACACACACGCACACGCACACGCACACGCGCACAAACACAAAGAGAGGGAGCCUUUGCAAUCAAUCAGCAUUUAAUAGAAGAGAGACGUAAAUAAGUUAUUGAGAAAGAGGGCAGGGUGUGAUUUACGUUGAGCUAUGAUGUAUGUUUUCCCACCAGUUUUUUUUUCCCCUUUUAAUUGAAGAAAGUGGUUGUGAUGGUGGCCACACACAAAGUAAUCCAUCAACUGUGAAGGGUGCCCCCUUGGACUUAUGUUUUUUCUAGUUUUUUGGCGUUUGUUUACGUUUUAUGCACUGUAAUGUAUUAAUGGACCCAAUUACUUUGUCUUUUUUGCAUGGCACUUUAUUCUAUUGAGUUAAUGUCUCCGAUCAUUUGCUCGUUUUUUUCUUAAACCAAAGCACUGCAAUCCUUCAUUUAAUGUUUGAGAUCAAAUGAGCAUAUGAACCCAUGUUGUCCACUAUGAGGAGGAGCAUGUAUAAUAAUAAUAAUGUAUUGAUGUCUGCGAAGAUAACAGAUCAAUGUUCCAAAUUAAAUCCCUUUUAGCAGCUAUGUUCAAAAGAGGCUAACACUAGAGGCUAAUAGACAAACAAACAGGGGGGAUCUGCCAGGGACCUACAAUGUGUUCGGAAGAAGAGAGCUGAUUUAAUAGCACAUUCUCUGUGCACCACACAGUGCCUCCCGUUCUCCACCUACCUUAUGUCUUUCUUUCAUUCUUCACACGCCUGUCCCAUACGGAAAUGGUGGGUCCUUGAAAUCCCCUUUCAAGCCAGAGACAUUUAUCAUUUACCAGAACAAGUGAUGUGUUCCUGUUCACGACCUGAGUCGGUGGGCUGCUGGCGAGGAGAUGUUUUACCCGUGAUGCUUUAGAGUAGUUUGGUAUGGCCUGUAACCACGGCUACAGUAGCUGUACUCAUGUUGUAUAACUUGUGCACUUAACCCUUCCCUGACUUUUGCUUUUGUACUGUAGCGAUGACUAGAUGUUUUGGACACCUGGUGCUUGUCUCCUGAACAACCAUAUAGUAUCACUAGCUUGGUGUGAGCAGUUCCAUGGCCAGGAAUCAAUCAAUAGGGUAUACUGAAUGUUAAUUAUGUUUAAAAAUGAAUUAUAUAUAUAUUAACCAAACCCUUAUCACAAAGAUCAAAAAGCCUUUGAGUGGUUUAAAUUGUAUCACAAUGCUGUGCUGUGGUUGAGUGGUCCGGGUCUUGGUCAGAGAGGUAUGCCUCAGGCCAGCCAACCUGUUUGUGCAUCCAAACCUAGAAGGGAGACAUACAAUGUGCAAUUUAGACUACUGUUGAAAUUAGAAUACCAAGCCUUAACCCAAACUAUUUCAUAAUUCUUCACAAUUACAAGGGAAGUUGUGAAUUGUAUUUGAUCUCCAACGAUGUCCUGGGUCAUCUUAGUUUACUAAACCUUUGUAACAUGGUUUAUUACUCUUGAUAUGUUAGAUGUAUUACAUAACAUCUUAAUAUCUUAAGACCUUUGGAACAGAUGAUUUGUACUAGACCUUAAUUAUGAAGGAUGUGUUGCACUUAUGUUUGGCAUGUGUUGAACAUGCUGUAAUUCUACUGAACCAUUUCCACCGACGUUAUUCCCCAGAUGUUGUUAAAAUUGUAGCGUUGUAACUUAACAACCGAAAUCAUCAGAAUCAUUAUCACUGUAUAACCCACCUGAGCUCCACCUUACAGUUAAAACAAACGCUUUAUAUGAGUUAUUUUUACUUUUAAAGUCCAUCACUCGAAAGCAAACGAGACCAGUGGCUCUUUAAAGCGGUUUACUUGUGCACAGCGGUCUAUAUUUGUCUAGCGAUAGAUGACUUGAUGCUUUUUGUGUUUGAAAGGCUUAUAAAAAAGAAAAGAAUGAACGACCAUUGUGGAUCAAAGCAUGCGGGUCUGAUUCUCUUGCUACACCCUUGGCCUCUGUCCCUCUCCCCCUCCCCUUACUGUCCCUCCUCCAUUCGCUUGGAUACCUUUUGCUUAAUGCUUGAUAGUGACGCAAUCAACCCAACCUGCUCCCCUACCCCAUGCAUCCCAUAAUUCCAAGUGCUGCUUGUAAAAUACUGCUCUCUCCACCAAUACCUUGUGAUGAUGACUAACUGGAAAAACCUUCUUCUUGGCUUUGUCUUGCAUAUGAAACCAAAACUGCUGUGUCAGGUCCUAUCACACACACGCUCGCACACACACACACACACACGCACACACAAACAGACGCUAUUAUUAACUCUCUCUCUACUGUAUCCCCAUCUCUCAGCCUCUUUCUAUCUCCCCAUUGAUACCCAUGAUGAGUAAGAAACCAGCCUGUUUAUUGUGUCACAUGUCCUCGCAGUGCUGGAUUGCUGAGCUCGAGUCGGACUUGCACGUUUCAGGGCUGGUGCAGAGGGGAUGGAUGUCAGAGGUUCUGGUGGGAGCGGUAGGUCUGAGGGCCCUCGCCCCAGAGACAGGAGACUGUAUACCAGAGGGUGUGAUGGGAGAGGCAGGUCAGAGGAGGCCCCUGCCCCAGGGCCAGAGGAGAAGGCGGGGGAGGGAUCCUUAGUCUCUGUGCUCAUGUUUAUGUGUGAAUGUUCAGGAGUUCUCUGCUGGUGUCUUAUUCUCAUGUUUGUGGACCAGUAAUACGAAAAUAAAUUGUUGAAAAAAAAGUUUAAUCAAGCGAAAUAAAUGUGUUCAAAAACUUGCAGCAUU